AUGUCAGAAAACUAUAAAUAUAUAUAAUUAAUCAAAACUAAUUUUGAAAUAAUAAUUUUUGUAAAUCACAAAAAAUACCACUCUCGCGUUAAAUAUUCAUUAAAUAUACCAACUUGUUGUAGCACAUUGUGAAUGGCAUUUCGAGAAGAGGCAGCACACUAUCCAAACAAAGUGAAAAUAAUAUAAACAUUACUCACAAAUAUACGAAAUAUCGACAAUGGAACAGCCAAAAUCUGCUGCAGAGAAAUUGGCAGAACGAAAGGCACGCCUGUUGGACCUGCACAAACAACGCCAAGAGGCGCGCACCCAAAACCACCAGGAAGUCGUCGCAGAAGAUGCACGCAAGAAAUUGCCCAGCAACUGGGAAGCUCGUAAACGACAAGCAGAGUGGCUGCUGGCAGAUGACAAAGCACGAGCAGAAGCGGAAUCUUCUGGCAAAGAUUACGAGCGCAUGAAGCUGCUGGAAGUAUCUGCCAUAGAUGCUGAUCGCAUCGAGAAGAAGAAACAACGCAAAGAUAAUCCCGAUCUGGGCUUUUCAACAUACGAAGCACAGACAGCCAGACAAUACAAUCGACUUGUUAAAUCCAUGCCACCUCGCGACAUGGCCAAGUACGAGAAACAGAAGGCUGAGUUGGGCGAAGCAUUUUAUGGCGGUCCAAACACAACACUUCAUCUGCGCACAAAAGAUACGCCGAGUGCUAUAAACAAUAUGGUCAAGGACUUAGAUCAGCAAAUUGAGCGUAGAAAGAAAUACUCUAGAAGGCGUAUUUACAACGACGAUGCCGAUGUUGACUUCAUAAACGAACGCAACUCUAAAUUCAACAAGAAAUUGGAUCGUUUCUAUGGCGAACAUACGGCGGAGAUAAAGCAGAAUCUGGAACGCGGAACAGCCAUUUAAAAAUGCCUUUAAGCUUAAUGAUAAAUGAAUUCUAACUGUAAGCAGAAAUACUUUAUAAAUGCAUUGUUUACAAUAUACAAAAUACAUGUUCUUUGUACACAAUACAAAUCAAAAAUCCCUUCAUUAUAACAAAUAUGUACAAAC